AUGAAGGCCUUUGCAGCCAUUCUCGCAGCUUGCCUCGCCAGCGGCGCCGUUGCCGCGUCCGAGGCGGGAGCAGAAGCGUCAAGGCUGCAGGAAGCCGACGGCAGUUUGGGCGCACUCAACGAUGCCCAGGACGGCAUGAUGGGUAGCAAGGGCAACGUUCGUCGCGCCGAGAUGAGGGGCAAGAAGAAGAAGAGAAAGAAGCGGAAGCGCAGCAUCUGA